GUGCUUGUUGCUGGGCGACGGCGGCGGCAGUGGCGGCGGCUGCCGUGAGAAACCGCCGGGGCCCGAGCUGAACAGAUUAAUUUGAAGCGGAGCGUGGAAAGGGGAAGCACUGUUCCUGUUGUCUUCCAGGGGACAGAUUCUGAUUGGACUAUGGAGCCGUUGUCACCUCCAGACCCGCAGUUUCCUUCAGAAAAUCGCUCAUCUGUGCCACAGAAAAAAUGCCAUGUCCUAGUGGGUGUGACUGGGAGUGUGGCAGCCCUAAAACUGCCUCUCCUCAUCUCUCAAUUGCUGGAAAUCCCGGGGCUUGAAGUGCAGGUGGUCACUACUGAGAGAGCAAAGCAUUUCUACAAUGCCCAGGAGAUUCCUGUUGCCCUCUACAGUGAUGCAGAUGAAUGGCAGCUGUGGAGGGGCCGCUCAGACCCGGUCCUGCACAUCGACCUCAGGCGGUGGGCUGACCUCAUGUUGGUGGCCCCUCUUGAUGCAAACACUCUAGCAAAGCUAGCAAAUGGUAUCUGUGACAACCUGCUGACCUGUGUAAUCCGCGCUUGGGAUCUGAGCAAACCUCUGCUCUUCUGCCCAGCUAUGAACACAGCCAUGUGGGAACAUCCCAUCACAGCUCAGCAGGUGGAGCAGCUGAAGGGCUUUGGCUACACAGAGAUCCCCUGUGUGGUGAAGAAGCUAGUGUGUGGAGAUGAAGGUCGAGGUGCCAUGGCAGAAGUGGGAACCAUUGUGGAGGAGGUGAAAAGGAUCCUUGCAGAACGGGUAUUGCCAAAACAGAGCUGAUUGCUUGGCAUGCAAAUUAUAUUUGUUUCCCUCACCCUGAUGGUUUGAAGAUGAAACCAACAGGAAGCUGAGUUGAGAUGGCAAGCAUCCCUCUAGCAUGCUCUUCAACCAGAGGAGAGACGGUUGUGUUCCAGCUGGUGCAGAAGUGAAAUGUGGUUCAUCAUUGCAGACUUCCAGAAAAUGAUGCCAAGAGCACGUAUCUCUAGUGUGGGAAAACUUUGCGGUAUCUUACAGAGAGGGAGUGAUGUUCCACUAGGCUAGUCAACCCCACGUAUUUCAUGUGCAAUCCCUUCGUAGGAGGCUGCAGAAGGAUUUACCAGUGUCUUCCAAAUCCAGCAGUUCCCCCAAGGGGAGCUAGAGAGGAGAUGGGGUAAAAGUGCUGCUGAUGGAAAUAUUAGCCUCUUCCAGCUCAUCAGCAAAGAGAUGGUGAAAGAUCCCUAGUCUUCAAAGCAUGGUCUGUAGCUGUGCUUGCUUCACCUUUCCAGCAGGAGUCACUAUCCAAAAAGCAUUUUCUCUCUGGAAACUGAAUAAAAGAGAGCUUUUAAUUCUGCUGCUGAAGAAUUGCCUCUUGUAGCUGUUUUAGGGAUGUUUGUGCUUAACAUCAUAGCUAAAUAUUGUGUCUGUGUGCCGUUUUUAUCAGCUAUGGGAAAAAAAAUUUUGACUAAAAGAAGCUGUCUGGUCCCUGAAAUAGCCUUUGCCCUCUUGUAUCUGUGGACUAGAUAAGGAUGCAGACAUCAACUGUGAAC